AUGCCAUUCACCUCCUCCACCACCCAUCCUUCCCAUGCCCGAAUAGUCCCCACUCCCGCAAGCGCCGACACCCCGCGUCAGACAUACCAAAAAAAAAAGCAACUGUGGAAGUCCAAAGGCCAGGAUCUUCCCAGAUCCGUGGUACCCUAA